AUGUCCGAACAAGCACCGAAGCCAAACUCAAUGGCAGAUGUCCUUUCAAGGUUGCCAGACAAGCGCCCAGUUCAACUUCAAAUUGCCCAAUUGAAAGCUCAUCUGACAAACACCAUUAAGACUCUCCAAAGUAGUCUUAUGACAGAGAUGACCAAUCUCAAAGCCAAUGUCCUCACGAACCAAGCUUCCAAUGAGAAAGUCCUGA